GUGUGUGAUACAAGUGUAGUACUUUACGGUACACGUAGACGUGACAUAACCCUUCCGCCUAUUCUUCGUUACUCCGCAAUAUUUUCCGGUUUGACGAUGUAAAAAGCGUUCCUAUUUACAUAUUUUAAUGCACGUGACAUUUGCUGACGGAUACCGUGGAUAAGAAAAAUUGUCGCACGAUGAAUCUGAGUAAAACCGAGAAAUUACUGGCUGCAAAAAAGAAGCUAAAGGAAUUUCAAUUACAAAAAAAAUUACAAGUACAAGAAGCCCCAAGCAAGCAGCAAGAUGCAAACAUAACAGAUGAAUCCAUAUCACAGUGCCAAACAAAUUGCCAAACUAUGGAAGUAGAUAAAUCUUACGAUCAAAAUAAUCACAAUGAACUAAAACAUGCAGAGAACUUGAUAAAAUCUGAAGAACAUCUGGAUAAAAUAAAUAUUGUACAUAAUGAAGGAAAUGCUUUAAAUCAUACUUUUAGUGGUACUAAUGACUUAAUAGAUACAACAGAAAAUAAAAUAACAAAUGAAAUGACAGAAAAGAAUUUUCCCAUUCUGGAAAACCGUUUAGAAAACACUGUAUUAUAUGAAAGUGAUAAUAAAGACGUACAUUCACAUCUUCAGCCAGAUUCACAGUUUGUGGAGAAUAAUGGGAAAUAUAAUUUAAACACGGUGGCAUCUAAUGGACCAUCAACGGUGCAAAAAGAACAUUUGUUAGAAAUGGCCUCAGAAGUCGCUAAUGUGCUUACCGAUGAUACAGAUCAUAAUGAUCCAUCUUUGUUUGAUAUUGAUCUGAAAUGUCGUAAUCAAUUUUUAACCACUUGUCUGGAAGAACAGAAACAACUUGUGAAUGAUUUGCACAUUCAAGUCAGUCGUUAUCAUAGCAGGGUGGCUGAAUUGGAAGAAAUUCUUGCUACAAAGGAUUCCGAGUUUGAAGCCAAACUCGUUCGUGAAAUAAAUCCCCUGAAGGAGCAGUUGCAAGUUCAUACACAAACUACUGGUAUUCUUAUAGCAGAAAAGGCAGAACUCACAGCAGCUUUGGCACAAAGUCAGAGGACUGCAAAACAAAAUGCAGAGGAAUUAGAAGAGAUGAGUGGAAAAUUGAAACAUAGCCAGCUUCGUAUUAAUGAGCUCGAAAAAGAAUUAACUCAAAUAAAGAGUAAUUCUACUGACACACAGAAAAACGCUCAGCAAAUUCAACAAACCUAUGAUGAACUUGAAAAAAAAUAUUAUGAACUUAGAAGAGAAAAGGAAGACCUAGAAUUAGAAAUCUCAGAAUUAAAACAAAAGUUAAAUUUAAAAAAUACUGAAUUUAUUAGCCUACAACAGGAAUUUCAAGAGAAAGCAGCUUUACUUUCUUUAAAUGAAUUAAGAAUACAACAGUUAACGGAUACAUCACAAACAUUAGAAUCUCAACAUCAAACUGUCACAGUACUGGAACAACAAUUGGCUCAAAUGAGAGAAACUUUGCGAUUAGUGAAUAAUGAAAAGGAUGAAGCUAGUAGGCAAUAUCAGAAUUACGUACGACAAUUAGAUGCGCAACAAGUAAAAUUGCUUAGUGAGGUUGAAAAUGGAAACAAAUUAAUCAAUGAUUUAGAAAGCAGAGAGAACAGUUACGUACAACGUUUAUCGGAUUUAGAACAGCAACUUCAACAUGAAAGAGAGAAAAAUGAAACUUUACUUCCAUUGCAAGAUCAUAAUAAUGAGAUAAAUAAUUGCAUGAAAUAUAUCGAGGAAUUGACUGAGCGGGAGAAAAAACUGCAUUCCACAUUAGCUGAAAAAGAAACGCAAAUUGAAAUGUUAAUAAAAGAAGUGCAAGAAUUACGGGAUACAAAAAAUGAUGAAGCAGAUGCAGUGAAAUUGGUACAAGCUCUCGAAAGCGAAAAACUUGGCGCAUCCAGAGCUGUUUUACAAAAUCAACAAUUGAAAGAACAAUUAACUGAAAUGGAAAAUGCUUUUGUUACACUGAGUAAUGCCAAAUUAGAUUUGACAGAACAGCUUCAAGCUGAACGAAAUAUUGGCAGAAAAUUAAAUACGAGAUUGAAUAUGGUUGAAACAGAAAUGGAUAAUUUAAAAGAAAAACUAAAAGAAAAGGAAUUAUCUUUAACAGAGUUGGAAAAAGAAAAAUUGCAAAAUGCCCAAAUUACAGAUCAAAUGCAGCAUUAUCAAGCUCAAUCUCAUAAUGCGCAUACGCUCCAACAAGAACUGCAAAAUGCUUUGGUUUAUAUAGAAAACUUGAAAAAAGAAAAUGAAGAACUUGCAAAGAAAUUGGAAAACAAAAUACAAGAAGAAACACGUUUAUCCGAAGAAUCUGUAAAUGAUCACGAAGAUCGAUCUACAAUAAAGAAUGAGCAAAAUCAUGAUAAUAUUGUAACAACGCAAAACUCGCCACUGCCAAAAAAUAAAGAUGCUUUAAAUAAUUCUGAGCCUAUUAUAAAAUUAGAAAAAAGGUUUAAAGAAACAAUGGAAAAAGUUGCUGAAUUAACUGACGAAAAACAGAAAUUAGAACAUCUGGUUCUCCAACUCCAAAGUGAAACAGAAACAAUAGGAGAAUACAUUACUUUAUAUCAGAAACAACGAGCAGUUCUAGGAGAGAGAUGGAAGGAAAGAGAGCAAACUUUCCGUCAGCUAGUAGAGCAACGUAAUCAGCAACAAGAACAAUUACAUAAAUUAAAAGUAUUAGUAACUGAAUUGCUUAAAAAACAUCCUGAAACACUGAUAAGUUCUACAGAAACUUGUAUGGAUUACCAUAAAAAAACAAAUGUUGAUGAACCCGCGCUUUCUGAAAAUGAAAAGCAAGAAAAUGCGGAAUUACCAUUGAUUGAAGAUAAAACGGCGUCGGAAAUUCUUGAUCUUUUGACAGAAAUCAAAGACUGUAAAGAUGCAUGUAUUAUAGAACCUAAUUUUCAUUCAUGUCCAUGGUGCUCCGGAAGACUAAUUACUGUGUAAUCAUGAAUAAUAAAUUUAUUUUAAUUUUAUUAUAAUAAAAUAUCAUAUUUGUGCAAUAUAAUAUUACAUAGAACGUAAUAUUUGUAUAUAAAAGAUUCUAGGUCUUUUCUAAACUUCUGUAUCAAUUUCUUGUAAAACUUCAGGUGUAAGAUUUUUGUCUAAAGAAUUGCUUUAUAAAUAUACAGUGCCUUGAAUAGUUUUACAGAUAGAAUUUUUCUUUGUACCUAUAUCUGGCAAAGGAAUACUUUUUUCUAAGAGCAUAAAAAGAAUCAGGAUCAGAUUGUUAUUUUGUAAAUAAAUGCCCAAUAUUAUUAUGAAA